AUGUCUUACUAUUCGAAUUGGUAUGAACAGAGCAUCUGCCAGAAACGGCCACCCCUCCAAUCCAAUCCAUCUACCACAGACGCUUCUCAACCCGAUGUCACGGCAGCGCAGGUCACUGUCUGCUCUCUACACAACAGGCUUGUCUACAAUCUCGAAUUCAAGCCAUGCGAGAGAACUCUUUCACAUUCCCGCAACAGCAGCUACGCAGCAACAGCAGAACAUCACCAUCCCAUAAAUCGUAACGAGCGUACGUCUCAGACGGAGAACGACCAACAAGUCGCAUGGAAGAACGCUCGUGAGAUGGUAUACAGUCGAACGAGCGAUAGGGAAAGAACGGAGAGUAGCCAGUCUGCAGAAUUGCUAAAGAUGGGCGAUUUGAUAGAUGAGUCACUAUGGGAAGAUUGGAUUGUCAAGUUUAUCAAUAACGACGAGGGAUCGGUUUAUAGUGAAGACAAGCCUUUCGAAGAUUGGAUCUUUGAUACGAUGUGA